GGACUGCAACUAUCACUCCUGUGUCGUCUGCAAGGAACUUGGGCUCGUGGUUUGAUUCCAAGCUGACGAUGGCAAUCCAUAUUUCAAAAACAUGUAACUCUGCCUUCUAUUAUUUGUAUAAUCUGAGACGCAUAAGAAAAUAUCUAUCUAAAGACAACACCAAGACUCUGAUUCAAGCCUUUAUUUCAAGCAGAGCCGAUUACUGUAACAGUCUUUUAUAUGACCUGCUGGAGUAUCAACUCGAUAAGCUACAGCGUGUGCAGAACAUGUGUGCUAGAUUAAUAUGCAAUGAAAGUAAAUAUUGUCACAUUACUCCUUUAUUAGUAGAUUUACAUUGGCUGCCUGUAAAGUUCAGAAUUGAAUUUAAAAUCCUGUUGAUUGUUUUUAAGAUUUUUAAGGGCUUAGCACCUUCGUACUUAAGUUUUUUAAUU